AUGGGGAAGGACAAGGACAAGAACAGCGUGGUGCUGAAGGUGCCGAAGGGUACGAAGGACUGGGAUGGCAAGGACAUGGUCAUCCGCGACAAGAUCUUCAGCACCAUCACUCAAGUCUUCAAGCGUCACGGCGCGGUGACAAUCGAUACACCAGUGUUUGAGCUCAAAGACGUCCUCACCGGCAAGUAUGGCGAAGACAGCAAACUCAUCUACGACCUCAAAGACCAAGGCGGAGAAAUCUGCUCGCUGCGAUACGACCUAACGGUCCCCUUCGCACGAUGGCUGGCCAUGAACUCGAGUAUACAGAACAUCAAGAGAUAUCACAUCGCGAAGGUAUACCGGAGAGAUCAGCCUGCUAUGACGAAGGGACGAAUGCGGGAGUUUUAUCAAUGCGACUUCGACAUUGCGGGCACAUACGAUGCUAUGCUACCUGAUGCGGAGAUUCUGCGGAUCACGUGCGAGAUCUUCGAGGCGCUGGGAUGGAAGGGCAGGUACACGAUCAAGCUGAAUCACCGCAAGAUCCUGGACGGGAUAUUCCAGGUCUGCGGUGUGCCCGAGGACAAGCUGCGGACAAUAUCAUCAGCAGUCGACAAGCUGGACAAGUCACCCUGGGAAGAAGUGCGGCGAGAGAUGACAGAAGACAAAGGCCUGGACGGCGAAGUGGCAGAUCGGAUAGGGGAGUAUGCCGUACUAAAGGGCGGCCGCGACCUGCUCGAAAAGCUGCAAAACAACGCCACCCUCUCCGCCAACGAGUCCGCCAAACAAGGUCUUGCAGACCUGGACCUCCUCUUCACCUACCUCAAAUCCUUCUCCGUCCUCGACCGCGUCUCCUUCGAUCUGUCCCUCGCGCGCGGCCUCGACUACUACACCGGCCUCAUCUACGAGGUCAUCACCGAAGGCUCCGCCCCCCAGACCAAAGAAGGCCAAGACCUGCAACGAGCCGGCAAGAAAGAAGCAAAACCCAACAAAGGCCCUACCAACAUCGACGGCGACGAGGACCGCAGCAACGACCCCUCUGUCGGCGUCGGCUCAGUAGCAGCAGGAGGCCGGUACGACAACCUCGUCUCCGACUUCAGCAAGAAGCAACAGAUCCCCUGCGUCGGCAUCUCCUUCGGCGUUGAGCGCAUCUUCUCCAUCACCAAACAGCGCCUCGCGGCCGACAAAACCGCUGCUCCCAUAAGAACAAACGAAGUCGACGUCUACGUCAUGGCGUUCGGCGGAAAGGGCUUCGAAGGCCUCCUCGCCGAGCGCAUGGACGUCGCGAAGCGCCUCUGGGACGCAGGCAUCAAAGCGGAGUUCAGCUGGAAAGUGAAGCCGAAGCUGCCGCAGCAGUUCAAAGCGGCAGAGGUGAACGGGGUGCCGUUCGCGGUUAUUCUGGGGGAUGAUGAGCUGGCGGCGGGGAAGUGUAAGAUUAAGGAGAUGGGAUUGGCGGGGGAUCAUCCCGAGAAGGACGGGGUGUUGGUUGAGAUGAAGGAUUUGGUGGAGGAGGUUAGGGCGAGGCUAGCGAAGAAGGAGGAGGUGGAGAUGCUGGCGGAUGGUGUGAAUGGGAUGGGUGUGGAGGAGGGGGCGAGGGAGGCUGCUAAGACUGGGUGA